AUGCCCCCAAUCAAAUCAGCGAGCGGCGUGCCAGCUGCCCGAGUCUCGAGCAAUCGCAUACUUCUACUCCUGAUGCUGAUGGUCUUCAUGAUGAGCUUCGGCGCCUCUGUGGUGCAGGGUGCCAUCACAAAAUACCUGCGACAAGUCAUCUGCCGACAACAUUACGGUUUACCCCAGGAAGUGCCCGUCGUCGACAGGUACUGUCACAUUGAUGCCGUAGAAAAGCAGCUCGAGUGGACGGAGAUCGUCCUCCAGGUCUGCCAGGCCGCCGGUGGCCUCUUCUUCGCCUAUCCCGUGGGCAAGAUGGCCGAUUCCAGGGGCCGACGCGCCGCCCUACUCUUGGGCACCUGCCUCUGGCUAAUCUUUUCCGGCAUCCUCAUCACAACCAUCUGGACCACGAGCUGGGGGGCGCGCUGGGCGCUCUCCAUCGUCAUCGGCGCUGGAAGGACGUUUGUAGAGAUUGCCAUCUUGACCAUGACGAGCGACACCACAAACGAUCAGCAGCGGUCGACACAUUUCGGCUUCGUGGUGUCCUCUGCCCUUUCGGGGCUCGUUGUUUCAAACGUCAUCCACAGAUAUACCCCCAGGAUGGACUUCGAGAUUCCGGUCCUGGUCGGCUUCGUCGCCGUUGGCCUCAGCACCUCGCUCAUCUUGGCGAUUCCCGAGCUUCUUUCUGCACAGCACGAGAACUACAGAGAAGAGGCCCCAGAAAUCCUACUAGCCAACCCGCCCAUCCGGCCGCUCUACCGCAUUCUCUCCGCUCUAAUCUCCUCCCGGGCUCUGCCUCUCCCCGCCAUUUUCGGUCUUAUCACCGCGCUGGCGAGAACGUCAUCCUCUUCCCUCGACUUGUACUACGUCGCCAGCUUCAACUCGCCUGAGGCACCCAAAAACGCCUCGAGUACUUUCCGUGGCGACGUCGUGAGGUACUGGACUCCAGUCGUCGGUAUAUUCUUCAUCAGCUGCGUCAUUCUCCCCUCCGUAUGUGGCUACCACCGAAGACCCUCCGGCGACAAGGUCGCGCUACGGGACUACCGCUGCCUCGUCGCCUCGACCAGUAUCUUGGUUCUAGCCAGCAUCUUCGUCUUAUGCAAAGGAAAACUCUUCUCCCUCGGGGGUAUCCUAGCCGCGGCCGUUGCCGCCACCGUCCCCGGACUGUGCUGCUCCCUGAUGCUGUACGGGCUCGGCGUAGCCGUGCGGGCGAAAUUCGCCGGCCGCCUCUUUGGCAUCGUGGCGACGGUGCAGUGCGCGGCGACGUUGGUCCUCGCUCCGGCAAUCGGCCUCGCUACGAGGAGGUCCCACGCCAACGGCAUGCCAACGUGGCUGCUGUUCCUCAUAUCAUUUGUCGUCUUCGGGGUUGUUUUGCACUCCAACGCGAUUUGGAAAAUCCCUACAUGCGAGAGACCGGUCGCGAGGGGCGAUGAAGCCGGGUUCGAGCUUUCGGAUUUGGGAGAACUCGAACCCGCCCCUCCAGUGUAUUCGGCUCACCAAGGAGAUCGCCCUGCUCCGAUGCCGAUCAUACGAUAG